GGCGAGUCCCAGGCUCCACCGGCUCUGAGGAGCUGAGCCAGUGAGUUUCUGAGACGCCCGGGACCGCAGGCUGCUGAGGACCUGUCCCUCUAGACAUGGCCCCAGGUUCCCUGGGUCGUCAGUCCUGUGGCCCCAAGGGGGCGCAGACAGCCUAGACGCCAGCACCCCAGGGCCCGUGCCGUGCCCUUGACCUGGGCUCGGCCGGCCCCUGGCGCCGAGUCCAUGGAGACAGUGCCCCCAGCUGUGGACCUGGUGCUGGGUGCCUCGGCCUGCUGCCUGGCUUGUGUCUUCACCAACCCCCUGGAGGUGGUAAAGACGCGGCUGCAGCUGCAGGGGGAGCUGCAGGCCCGGGGCACCUACCAGAGGCCCUACCGGGGCUUGGUGGCCUCGGUGGUUGCAGUGGCCCGUGCAGAUGGGCUGUGGGGCCUGCAGAAGGGGCUGGCCGCCGGCCUCCUCUACCAGGGCCUCAUGAACGGAGUCCGCUUCUACUGCUACAGCCUGGCGUGCCAGGUGGGCCUCACCCAGCAGCCGGGCGGCACCGUGGUGGCUGGGGCCGUGGCUGGGGCGUUAGGAGCCUUUGUGGGGAGCCCUGCUUACCUGGUCAAAACGCAGCUGCAGGCCCAGACGGUGGCCGCCAUGGCCGUGGGGCACCAGCACCAGCACGAGAGCGUCCUGGGCGCCCUGGAGACCAUCUGGCGGCAGCAAGGCCUGCUGGGGCUGUGGCGGGGCGUGGGCGGGGCCGUGCCCCGCGUCAUGGUGGGCUCGGCCGCCCAGCUGGCUACCUUCGCCUCUGCCAAGGCCUGGGUGCAGGAGCGACAGUGGCUCCCUGAGGACAGCUGGCUGGUGGCCCUGGCCGGGGGCAUGGUCAGCAGCAUAGCCGUGGUGGCCGUCAUGACCCCCUUCGACGUGGUCAGCACGCGGCUGUACAAUCAGCCGGUGGAUGGGGCUGGCAAGGGCCAGCUGUACGGGGGCCUCGCCGACUGCCUGCUGAAGAUCUGGCGGCAGGAGGGGCCCCUGGCGCUCUACAAGGGGCUGGGCCCCGCCUACCUGCGCCUGGGCCCCCACACCAUCCUCAGCAUGUUCCUCUGGGACGAGCUCCGCAAGGCGGCCCUGCAGGUCCAGCACCAGCGCGCCUAGGGGCCCGGAAGGACCGCCCACGCCAGCAGGACUGGCUGUCCCCCGCCGGCCACAGCCCCUCAGGCCCACCGACUCUGGGCGCUGCCUUGAGUGUGCUGGGUCUCCACUCCCCAGAGCCUGGCCAGUGUUAGAAUCACUGUGGCAGGUGUGAGAGUCUCCCCGGCUGGGCGACACAGGGACAUCCGCGGGUCUGGCCCCGAAACGCGAUGAAACGCCUAAGAUCCUUUGCCCCAAGCCAGCUGAGGCCCGGGCUGGGGGUGGGGGAGGGUGACGCUGCUCUGACCGAAGCCACAUGGCUCUGAGCGACAGAGCCCGGGCUGGGGUUCAGCUCUCGCCACCCUUGGCAAUGACUCUGGGGGCCAGGAUGACGGCGGCUGCAGCACGGGGCCGGGCCUCGCCACCCGUCUGGUUGGUGUGGACACCACCCGUCUGGUUGGUGUGGACAGUGGACAGUUCUCACUCUCUGGAGGCGGGAAGUCCAAGUGCGGGGCUUCAGCAGGGUUGGCGUCCCUGGGCGUGGAGAUGCCGCCUCCUCCCGGAAGCACCUGUCCCCAGCCCUUCUUACAAGGACACCAGUCCCGUGGGAUGGACGAGGGUCCUCCUGCUGACCCUGCGUGCCCUCUGCGCUCCUGUCUCUGCAGUCCCAGCCGGGGAGGAGCUGGGGCUGGGCCUCUCACACAGGACCGCACAGGCGGGCCCAUACGCGGGCAGCCAGGGCUCUGAUUGAGGUGCCCAGCACUGUGGGCCUUUGCACAGGCCAGAAGGUGGGCCCAGCGAAGCAGGUGGCGUGCCCGGGCGGGCUGCAAGGCAGGGCUGGCACUCGGGCCAUAGAGGCCCUAGGCUCUUCUCGGGAUGGCCACGUUCCUGCCACGGGUGUGCUCGGGAGGCCCGCCCUGACCUUUGGACUGCAGAGUGCACCACAGCUCCCUGGAAGGAACCCGCAGCCCCGGCGCCUUCCCUGCCGUGCCCCGUGGCCGGGCGGAGCUGCUCCCACGCCCACGGACUACUGCACACUCCAAUAAAGUUUUCUAUUUUGUUUACGUUCA